AUGGCCAUCCCCUUGCCUGUUCCCGCACCACAACAUCAUCCACGUUCCAUCAUGAGCGGCCACUCUCCAAAGUCUUCGGCCCAACACGGCCUCUACUCGCCCUUCUCCUCAUCCACCUCGUUAUCACCACAAUAUGGUAACAGCUGUGCGCUCACCAUCCUCAAGGGCCAUGCUCAGCACCCCAUCAACGCACAUGCACCCAUUCACCACAAACACAACCCCUCAACAGCAUCACACCCAUCACGCUUCGCAGCCUCCUUUACCAGCCUCCGAUCCGCUUCCAAGGCUCUUCCGACCGGCUUUGACUCGAGCGUCAACGUUCAUACUCUCUCGGACCACGGCAUCUUGCUUCCUUUCUUGGAUCGACCAAGCGAGGUCAAGGAGCUCAUUUUCGACACCAAGGCCAACGAGGCUCUCAUGUACAGACUUUGCCGUGUCUUUGGUGGCAACCCAGAUCGUCCUCUGCUUCGUGGUCAGGAUGAGCGUUGGGACGAGAUGCUCGAGCUCUUGAUCGAGCUUGACCGACCAUUGCUCGACGAUGAGGACUGGCUGGUGCGUCUGGAGUCCUUGGUCAUGGAGCGUUCUCCCGAACUCUGGGCUCAGCUUGCACGAUGCUUGGGUGCUGAAGGUCUCACAUUGCGAUCUCUCGGCCAGCCAAGCUCUUCCCGUUUCGACAGCUGGGCACUUUCAUCUCAAUACUCCGACCCUGCUUGCGACAAUGACAGCCCCCUCUCGUCUGCCGUCUCGAGUCAAGACGACCAAGGUGCCGCGCGCGACCAAGAAUCUCUUUCGGUCAGUGUCGAGCCUCUCGAAGAGCUGCCCCAGUCCUACUCGGAGCAGCCAGCGGGCAAGCUGCAAAACUCGACGCUACAUGAGGCAGCCUCUCCAUCGCCAUCUCCCAGCUUCCUUGCACCCGAUUUCGCCGCUCGUCGUUCUUCCGAUCCCCUCGGCAGUCAAGCUUCCUUCAACGGCGACUUGUUCCCCAUGUCGGCCAGCGGCGGCGAAGAUUCGGCCAUGACCGGCUCACUCGAAGACAUCAUGGAGGAGCCUUGUUCAAGCACUGACGCAAACCCUCCCUCUGCCCUCAGAAGGCGAUCCCAGUCGGGCAAGUUUGCAGGUCUGCGCAUCUCGGCACUCAGCUCGUCGAGCCCUGCCGCUUCUCGACGUACUUCUACCGCCUCGGAUACUCUCAGCGCUGCAGGACAAAGGGAGUCAUCUAGCUCUCCUCUUGCCACUGGCGCCAUGUCUCCUGCUAGCCUCGCACCAAUGAGUCCUGUAGUCUCUCCCUCGCCCGAUACUUCGACCUCCUUCUCCAAGCAUCGUCGACUCAGCACUAUGAUCAAGCACAACAACAUCACUCACCCACAACAGGAGCAGCAGCAGCAGCAACAGCAGCAACAGCAGCAACAUCAGCAGCAGCAACAUCAUCAUCACCACAACCACCGACGCAGCUCUGACUUUGACAUGGGCGCUUCUGCCUCGCCCAAGUCUUUAGUCUCGCAUCGCCGGCGUGGUGUCAGCGAGGCUGGUCACAGUGUUUGUGCUCGAAGCUCGGACUCGAAGCCUCGUCGACGUGCAGAGAGCUUUGCUCGCUCCUUUGCUGAGCUCAAGUCUCCUUCGGAGCAUCUCGAGCAGCUUCGCGCUGAGCAUGCAAAGGUAGAGGCUGAUCGACUCGCUGAGCAUACCCGCCGUAUCAGCCUGAAGGAUACUACUGCUGCUUCAGCUCCCGCUGCUCCUACUACUGGUGGCUUGGGUCUACACGGAGAUUGUGCUGGCUCCUCGUUGCUUGACCCAAGUUCGGCCUCGCUCAUGGAUGCCAAGGCUCAAAGACCCUCCAUUGGCCGUAUCCGUGUAGGCAGCCUCGGCAGCACUGGCUCCACUUCGCCUCCGAUCCCUGGUCUGCUUCCUGACGGUCGAACUCGUCACCCUUCUGGAAGCUGUGGUUCCCGCGAUCUUUCCGAGUCGAUUGCCGCCUUCCGUGCCACCAUGGGUCUGUCGAUCUCACCUUCGCCCAGUGAGCGCCAUUACUUUGACGCUGAUGAUGGUUGCUCUGACGCAGGCAAGUCGACCGAUUCGGCUACUCGUAAGCGCAAGGGGUCCAGUGGCGCCGAGCUGCCCAAGCCCACUUGGAAAACCACUGACACGGCCGAAGCCAAGAUCUCACGCAAGGCUUCGCCCACCAACACCGAAGAGCAGCAGAAGGCUCAGUUUGAGCAGCCGAAACACAUGCAGGAGCUCGAGAGUCGCAACAAGGCUAGUGGAGCUUCUGGUAGUGGCUUGGCUCUUGGUGGUGGCUUCUCGCUCGCCAAGUCGGGCGCCAACUUCCGAGGCCAGAGUCACGACUCGACGCCUUGCACUCAAAGCGUCUGGCGAUCAAGCUUUGCUCGACGUGAUGUCACUCGCCCACGCGGUGGUGAGCCUUACUCUUAUCGUUCGCCACCCGCCGUGCACCGUCGACCUGGUGGCUUUGUCUCGCUAGCACAAGAAUACGAACGGGCUCGACAUGGUCGUCGGGCUAGCGAGAGCGUCUUUUCAAUUCACAGCAAUGCGCUGGAUAGCUCACCCUCAAGCAGCAUCGCCGGCUCUGACAUUGCUGGUUUUGAUGGCGCUACGGGCGGUCGCAAUCACAGACGAAGCUCGGAAGAACGUGUGCCUCGACUCGAGCUGUCGCUUGCUGGCCAUGGCCAUGGCGAUGAGGGCAAGAUGAGCAAGUCAGCAACUACUGCGGACAUUGUUAAGGGCGAUCCUACACCCAAAGCUGGCCCAGCUACAUGGGGAGGUGGUAUCACUCCACGUGCUUCGUUUGCAUCUUGUUCAAGCCACCUUGCUGGGGGGGAUCAGCAGCAGGGCUACCCAUUUCCAAAGUUGCUCUCUCGCGUUGCUGCACCUUUAGCCUCAGAGGAUGUCAAGAUGAUGGAAGCUGGAGCAGCUCGAGGCAAAGAGACGCGCCUCUCUCCAGCUACACCGUUGAGCCCGCUUGAAGCUUGCACCUCGCAUCUCUCCCCUCCACCCAGCGCUGGCGGUAAGAGUGGCCAAAGAAGCCCGCGAUCACCAAGUAUAGUGUUCCCCAUCUCUUCCAACGCUUCCAUUUCGCGUGCCCGCGAGUUGCAGAAGGCACUGGAGACACCUCGUUGUCAAACGGCAUUGCAACGCAUCGGUUGCAUCACUAACCCCUCGACUGCCGAUUCGAUUCGCGAGUUGAUUAGCAGCACAGAACGAAGUCAUAUGCCUGACGAAACGUUGUUGGAAGAAGUAGCUUGCAGAUUGGGUCUCGUUGAUCAUGAGAAGGCGAGAAGUGUCGGGGGCAGAGAUGCAGAAGAUGCAGAUAUUGUGUUGGCGGAGGAAGGAUAUGCGGAAAAAUGGGAGGCUUUUGCUGAUUUGUGUAAGUCACUUGGCGUGGGAGCCUAUGAAUUGAGUAUGGCCAAGAGGAGAUGUGGGCCUGCCAUCGAUCUUUGUGGUCAAAGAUCGCCUGAAGUUAAGGGGUGCAAAUAG